AUGAGCUCUCUGUUGGCCGUCAAUCGUGUAAAGUAUGAGUGUAGCUGUGGCGAAUGGGAAAGCCUGAAUCGUCUCUACUUCUGCAGGCAUUGUUCGAAAAUUCGCUGCACACUGUGCGUGAGCCAGGAGAUGGACACACCGUUCUGUCCCUACUGCCUGGACAACGUCUCAACCGGUGAAGCACGCCAGAAGAAGAAUCGUUGCUCCAAUUGCUACCAGUGCCCCAUUUGUGAAGUAAGCGUUGUUGUUCGGACAGCUAAUGAUGCGUACCAUCUGUCGUGUAACACAUGCCGCUGGACCACCGCCGAUUCCGGGAUACCCGACUCCACCUCAUCCACUGGCUGGCCAGAAUAUCAAUUUGAGGAUGAGGAUUUGCUAUCGGCAUUUUUGGAACGAAUGAGAAAUUACGCAGCAGCAGAAAAAGCGGAUCGCGAGCGACACAAAUAUAUUAGAAGAAAAUCGAAUUUUGGCAAUACAUUCUCGGAUCGUUUUGGUUUGCAAACGAUGUAUAAUCGACGUAAAGCAGCAUUAGCUGAACAAACAGAAAAGAAGUUUCCGGUGCUAGAAGCAACCAGUGAUGUGCCCCAACUUGAUGAAUCCAUCUUCAACGAACAACAAAUAGAUGUCGGAAGCGUGGCAACGCUAAUGCAACAGAUAAAGCAACCACUUGCCAACGGACGACCUCUUUUUCCAGUAAGAAUACCCCUUGCGGGACGACAUUCUGUUCGCUGCAAACAGUGCGAUCAUAGUCUGUGUAAGGGUGAAUACAGUCCUACGUCGAUCAAAUUCAAAAUACAGGUUCUAGCCGGGACUCACGUGCCCGAUAUCCGCCUUUCACGUCCAGUGGCACUCAUCGGCAAUCAGUGGUGUCCACUUUUUCUCACAGUUUCGAAUUUUUCGACGAGCGUUGCCCGUGUUGUAAUUAUUCCAGACACAAAUGAGAAUGACGAUUCCUACGUAAAAUGUGACUCACCAGUGGUCGAAUUAUCGAUCCCGAAUCGAGACGAUACCAGCGAAUGGGAUGAUACGUCUGAGAAGUCCCCACCUCCUGCUGUUGACACCGAAGCCACCGUUGUAUUCCGAAAACGACACCGAGUUGGCCUGAGACUCAAUGUGUAUUCAGUGGAAGGCGAGGACAGGAAACUGGCGCUGAUUGUGAAGUACUGCAAUAGCAGCAGUUCAUUCGAGCCUGCCGCCUCCGGCGAUUAUACGUGGCUUCAGCAUAGGCUUUAUAUAUCAUUGGGUCCGGCCAUUGCAGCCGCUUCAGCAACUGAAGAUGCUUAA